AAUACUCGAUCGCGAUAACCUCCAUGAAGAACUACGACUUGAUCAUCAGUCCUGGCAAUGACAACGUCAAAUUCACGGUGCGGGAAAAUUCAUCCUUCCAAGCCAUCAAAGGGCCAAUUUUCGUGGUUCUUUUAGCAUAUCUAGUCAAUAUUUUGGUCGGUCUACGCACUAAGCUCCUGCCGCUCACGUUAGAAUUGGUCGACUACUUCCAUGUUGCGGCAGUGGCCGCCAUAUCGGCCCUCGUAUACUGCCGGCAGGAGCGAGAAGAUGUCAUGCUCGUGAUGAAAAACAUGGGGAUCCAGCUCAACAGCAAGAGUUCAUGGAAGUUUGUUCCCAAACACCAUAAGAACAUAUUUGUGCCCCUAAGCGACAUUAUAGAUCUCGUGAUCCACGAAGGGUUCUACGGGUAUGGCCAUAUAAUCUUUUAUAUGUGCGUGCUUACAAAGAGCACAAACACCAACCGAAACGACGAGAUGAUCAAGGUGGUGUUCAGUGAACUUCUCCCUAAAAAGGAUCUCUUGGUGACGGUAUGGAAGCAGAGUCGAGAAAUGCUUUUCGGUAGUAACAAGCGGUAUUUCAGACGUGUGCCAGGCCAGGGUCUAAAGCUUGUCGAUUAGAAUUACAGCAUAAGCGUGAGGAUUGGAAAACGUCUUUUCUCACCCUCCUCACACCACUACAAUAACCCUACAAGAACACCACACAAACACAUACCCCGACCUUCUCCAUGCUAAAAUACAUCAAAAGUGACCUCUUCAAGCACCAUCUACUGGUCCUAUUGAAGCUCGGUGUCCUCAUUCAUGUGUGCAAUUGCAAAGGGUCAUGGGGUGCUGGUGUGGCAGUCGCGUUUAAGACCAAGUAUUCCCUGCACCUAUAAACCCUACCAAAGCUACUACGAACGCUACGAACACAACUCGGCCCAGCUCCUCUAUACCGUGCAAGUCAUCCUCAGCAACAGCUCUGACCGGGGCCACGUCCAGGUUAGACCUACGUUUGUCGUACGAAUAGUAAAAAUCUCGUGGCGCGAUAUGGUUGUAAAUAGGGCGAGAUAUCAAUUUCUGGCCGGUGCGACAUUGAUAUCAACCAGAAGACGUCAAAGUUUAGCUAAGAGAGUGUUAUUCGAAAUCGGAAAAAACGGUGGUUGAAGAGACGAUAUUGUAGGAAUCAGAUAGCGUUAAUAAAAAAACUAUAGAUACGUUAUUCAGCUUCCUAAACAAUUACAAUUGUAUUGCGACACCCAGGUUAUGGAGGUGCGGUAUUCAUGCAGUAUUUAUUCUCGACUUAGACCCUGAAUAGUAAAUGGCUUUUAUUGUUGCAGCCAGUGGAAAACUCAUUACACAAAAGUAGUUGCACUAAACCCAGCCUAUGAAAACUAUAUCACUAUCACCCACGUAGUGGAAUGCAGUUGUGUUUGUCUCUUGUUCUCCAUAAAUCUGCCAGGGACCCUUGUGCUCCUUGUUCCUCCAAGCAGCCAUUGCAGCCAACUUUUUUUGACUUGAAACAAUUACCCCAGUAGCAUCUUUUGGGCGUUCGUAAUAUUCUCCACGGUCUUGGACAUUUUUGACUACAAAAGCGUCCAGUAAAUCUAAGUCGUCGAGCGAAUUGGGGAUAGUGUUUUCGGUCCACCACUUGGCAAGAACACCUAGUUCAGAAUCCUCUUUAUUUGAAGAAUGGGAGCAUUCAGAAAGUAUUAACAUGUUGAUAAACAAAAAGUGUGUGAACAGGAUUCCUUUAAUACACUUUCUGGUAGUGGCUUCAUUAAAUGUUUUGAGCACUUGCCAUAAGAGUAAAUGGUCGCGUUCUGAAUUAACUUCUUAUCAUGUAGUUCAAUUUUCAAUGUAUUUUUAGGCUUUUGAUAACGCCAAAUAGCCUUAUUCUCGAGUAGGUUCUUCGGCUGAAGUUCCCCUUCUCCACGGGAGUCGGA